AUGCCACCGCCCCACCGCCCGCCCCUGCCGCCGCCCCCGCCGCCGCCGCAGGCGCUGCUUCCGCGCCCCACGCCCACCAAGACGAAGGUGCUGAGCAUCCUGGAGCGCGCGCGUGCCGCCAUGGAGGAGACGGCGUUCGCCUGCGAGGACGACGCGGCCGCGGCCGGGGGCGCCGCGCCCUCCACCUUCUUCGAGUCGGCGCCCUACGACUCGUACGGCGCCGCCACCGGGUACCUUCCCAUGGCACAUCGCUACGGGGGCUACGACGACUACGACGACUCGGCCGGCGACUACUACGACUCACCCGACGUGUACGCCGGCGCAGGUAGGACCGCCGACGGUUUGCUUCUAACGAUGCUCUUCCUGUCGCACCCAACCACCUUUGUGUACCACAAGGUGGGUGAAGGUUUUUUUGCGAAUCAGUGUGAUCUGCAAGGUCUUCUCUCCACACCACAACUCUUAAGUACUUAUGCCAAAGACUUUUCAGCUUUCAGAUGGACAAGCAACUUCAAUAGUGUGGGCUAAUUUCUUUGUUCCUUCACUAAUUAUGAUCUCUCCAAGACAUUUUGAAUUUGUGAGGAAGAAGAAAGAUCAUGUUAGUCAGCCAGAAAUGUUGUGAUUGAAAGUAGCAUAGCAACAUUUUUCAUCCUUUUGUAUUAAUUUUCACAACUAUACCAUGACUCGCUCAAGAAUGGAAGAAGUUGACAUUCUUAAGUUUAAAAUGAGAGAACUGAAGGUACAUGCCUUAAGAAUGUGAUAAUACUUUGGGAAAUUAUUUUUGUAUAAAAAGUAGUUUUGUGUGAGCUAAAAUGCUGUCAUUUUAUGAAUGACUUUAAUGGACAAUUUGUAUUAUAUUUUGCAAAAAGUAAAUUGUGAAUUUGAGACCAAAGAGCUUGAAUAAAAGUUAUUACUUUCUUAAUUUACUUACAUGUUUUCUAUUUGAAUCCCACAGUAUUCAUUCGGUGAUUUCGUGUUUGAAAGCAAUGAACAGAAUCGGCCAUUGCUUUUAAGGAAGUUCAGUUUUAGCCAAUUAGUAAAAAUUUGAAUUGUAGAACACCCUGGAACUUAAGCUAAUUUGAAUUAUUACUUCAUUGUAAAUAUCAAAUUUUGUAUUGCAAUAAACACUAGCAAAUUCCACUAUGUUCCACAAGUUUUUUAAAUAGUUUCUAAAUGUUACUCAUGUUCUUUAUUUAAUGGAAAAUUAAACACUUCAAUAUAUCUCACAUAUUUUGAUGUCUUUUGAUUUGUCUGUGUGUUACAAUUAACCCGUAAAAACCAUGAAAAGAAAUCCUACAAAUGGAUUGUCAUAAUGUGUAAAUAUUUGAGUCAGAGUCUGGAACCUCUGAUCCAGACACAUUGUAAUAAAUGAGCUAUGGUGUCAAACAUUGCAUUGCCUGGUCUUAGUGAUCAGCAUUCACAUAAACGUUUUGCAGUGUCAUCCCAUUUCAUUCAUCUUCACCCUUCACGCCAAAUGUAUUAUGAGUAACUAGGGGCCGGUUUCACCAACCAGGAUCAAAUUCGUAGUUGAUCCGAGUUUCGUGAUU